UCAGAAAAUAGUUAUAAAAUAAACUUACUAAAACAAUGUCUUAAGUAACGGAACUUGUAGUGAAGUGUAGUGUUAGUGAUAUAAAAGAUUAAUAAAAGUGAUUGAUGUGAAUUGCUUAUAAUUUGUGUCUUGUGGGAGCGGGCUUAUGGGGCAAUGUGUGUCCCGGGACCAUCCGGGCCCGUACGCGUUCUCGCGUCACUACGACACCGAGAGCCUUGCGAGUAGCAUAAUAAAUAUGCAAAAGGGCCACUCUGAAUCAAAGGGUGCAAAAAAGAGGGAGAAGAGUGCAGGUGGUAACGGCAACAAGCCGAGCCGGGGCGUCGCUACCUCGUUUGGGUUCCGUCGGCGACCAGCAAGCACGUCGCGCGCUGACGACAACGCGCGUAGGAAACAAAAGCCUCACGAUAAAAACGGAAAUGGAGGUUCUACGGAAGACCUACGACCUGAAGAGGUCCUUUCUGGUCGCUCAACACCCUUGGCAAGGCCUCGCAAGGAGACUUCUGGUCAGCCGCUCCGUACCAAUAGGUUCGGUUUCAGGCAGCAGCACAGCAAGACAGCCAAAGUGGCCGACGUAAGCGUGGCAGCGGAACAGGCAUUCGCCGCGCCGAUCAAAGAUAAGGAGACCGCCAUCAAUAAUAACGCUUUAGAUAAGAAAAGUACAAAUCAAUCAUACAACUUGCCACUCCUUGCGACCCAAGUCUCGUCUACUGGGGUCACGACUAUAGUAGGCGCGGCCGGUGUCCCCAAGCCAGUCACGAAGCAAACCGUAAUAUUGACCUAUCAAACCCAACAGUAUCCAACGCAGGAUGCUAGAAAGAAUAGAGCUGAAACGCCAAACCGAGCGACCUCAGUUCCGCGGAGCCAGAGUAUCGAUCCUCAGAGGCCACCCGGGAAAUAUACAUUUCAAACUAACCAGCUGCCGAGACCCCAGUAUCCAUCUGUGAAGAACAUCGAUGCAAAAACUACCAAACAGGUUGUCAACAACACAAGAAAGGCCAGCGCUGUUGAUGGAUGGAGAGAAGGUGCAGGUUCCGCGGUAUCGACGGACUCGGGCGUGUGGACGGGGGGCGAGGGGGAGCUCUCCCCGCGGUCACGCCGCCGCCCGCGCAACCUCGAGAUGGUGAUGCGAGGCGCGCAUAGCUUUCACCUGAGGGAACUGCAAGUGGCUGAUCUGGACAUAAUGGAUGACGCUGUUGUUACUGGUCACGCCGUCAUUCCACUACCAAAACUACCAAGUUCAUUCAAUGAGGAAUUGUCUCCCGAAUGCGAAGUUAUGGAAACACCGUAUGCGCCUCCUUCACCUGUCGUCUCAAAACCUAUAGUUGAACCCACACCAAGUAGCAAUUCGCCUAUGUCCACUUUAGAACGCUAUAGAAAUAAAACCAGACCGACUAGGAUUCAAACCAAUGAGUACAAAGAUGAGGAGAAGUUUGUAUUGGAUAGAGCACAACCGGAAAAAUUAGAUAAGCAGAAAUCGUUUAUUAAAUCUUCAAGCGGCGUGACAUCUCCAGGCGUAGACUCCAGUAAGGAUUCCAGCCCGUCUUGCAAAAGCGAGGCGAGCCAUUUCGGUAACAGCAGCGCUUGGCAAAGUCACGCUGCUGGUGAAGCGAUGGCAACACGAUCUCAAGAUGACGUAUCCCUCGCACUCAGUGUCUCUAGUUGCGAAGAAGACAAGUCUAAACUUGAAACGAAGGAAAAUGAAAUUAAAGAACCAGAAAUUCCAACAAAGACAAUAGUUAUAGCCGAUGAACCCCCCGUUCCUCAUCCUUUGCUGAUGAAAUCUCUGACACUGAGUCAACAUGAUUCUCUUCGUGGUACAAUGAUGGGUUCAAUGACAAGUUCUAACUACAGCACGACCAGUACAUGCACAAAUCAGAGCGCAGACCACAAUCUGACGCUCACUCUUGAGGAGUCUAAAUUUGAUAUGUCUGCAUUAGAAACUUCAACCCAAAGUCUCCUUGAUGACGAAACUUCACCAGCAGACAGUUUGAUAUCUUCCACGAGUACUAGCGACUCUAAUAAUGAUUUACACGUUGAAAGGGACGCACCAUCAAUAUCUAGUGCUUAUCAAACGGCUAAUACUAAAACUAGAACGCCUGAUCCUAUAGUAGAGGAAAACGAUAGGGUGGAUGGUGAAAUUCUGCAACCAGUUAGAGAAUCAAGCAGUGAUGGCAGUGGUAGCGGUGGUAGUGGCAGUAAGAACAACACCCCGCCGUCCCCCGGCACACCCACGCACGCGUCGGUAUCGUUAUCACUAUCAGACGGGAGGGACUUCUUCGAUGAUGAAAUCGCAGAUCAACCAGCACUACUGUUUAGAAAAAAUAAUCAAGGGAGCCCAUCCAUCAAGCGAGCAGAUUCUGAAUCUAGUAAAAUCAGAAGGUCGAGAGAGCACAUUUUGUCAAGUCCACAAACUCAAAGAAGUCGAAAAGGUACUCGUAACCCGGCAGCCGAGCGAACGCCGUCUCUAGACACUUUGUCAAGCUUAGCCUCUGAUGAUCUCAUGAUGGACAAUGACUUAGCACAAUCUAUCACGAGCUUACAAAGUGUCGACGACUACAUUGAAAGUAAUUAUUACAAAAUUUACAGGUUGGACAGUUCGCUACGAAGCGGUCUUAAUUCUCUCGAUGAGCGACAAUUACGUCAAGAGCUAUCAUCAUCGAAGACAGCCGUCCGUCAGUGGAGCCAACUGCUGGAGAAGAAUAACUUACUUGACCGACAGCUGGCGGCGAUGGCACAAGGGAAGACAGCGCCCGACUCGCUUUCUGGCAGCACUACGAGCCUUAGCAACAUUGGGGCCAGUUUGCCUGUGCGUACUGCACGUCUGUUGCAACGUUCGCGGACGCAGACGCCGUCCGACGCUGGAGUGAGUGAUGAUAGCACGUCGCCUGCGCCGGCGCCGUCAUCGCUGCUUCAAGAUGUCGUCGACAUAAAGACACUGCUCUUACAACUAAAACGGGUACUACAGGAGCCCGGGGAGGAGCAUCAUUCGAUGAGUAGUGAAACUCUCGACCCGUUGCUAGCGGCGUGCGCGGAGAGCCCCGCGCGCGCCAACGGGCGCCGUCCCCCCGCGUCGCCGCUGCACCCCGACGCCUGCGCCGAGAUGCGCCGCCAGAUAGUCUACCUGCAGGGUCAAUUAGAGGAGCGCGAUCGUCUGGUGCGGGUACUGCAGCAACAGAUGCUGCGCAUGGCAGAGAGCCACGAGCCGCGCGUCGACGACACCUGCAACGUCGCCACUCAGACUGACAGGUUGCGGCCUGCAAUUGGCGCCACGCUAACAAGUUCUGAAAAUUCCGGAUUAGUGAGUUGGAAUGAACAAGCUAGUGGAAGGAAGCUGCCGUCGUAUAGUGAUGCACAAAAGACAAAGAGGCUUGUCUCCAACGGGACCGUGAAAUGUCAGUGCGGUGCGAGGAAAGUGAACGGACUCAAUAAUGACGACAACAGACUGACAGACAAAAGAACGGAUUCGGUUCAGCUUAAGUCAAAUAGUCGAGUUGGAUCUAAAUACCUUCAAGCCUUAGCGAGUAACACCGAAAACCGAAGAUACAUCAAGAGAGACUCAUCCGUAGGUGAGAAAACGGAGAGAAGAAGCCUUUAUUCAUCUCGGUCUCGGUCCAUUGAGAACUUCCACAAUCAGCACUAUUUGUCGACUGAGCCGUUAUUGGCCAAGUCGACCGUGAUAGAAGAGACUUCAACUAAACACCAUACAUCCUAUGGUGAUUUAUACAAUGGCAGGAUUAGUAGCAAGGAAAGUGUUAACGGCAACAGACAUAGCCCAAGCCUGAACGGUCAGUCGACAGAUACAGAUUAUAGUUCGGAUGGCGGUUACAAAUCGCUCCCAUCUUCCAUCAACUACAAUGGAAAUUCCCCUAAAAAAAUCAGCGGUAUACCGCGGAGGUCUAUCGAGCAGAAAUAUGUACCACCAAAACAAAUCAGAGCGAGUGCUAUUUGAAUGUUCUGAUGGCAUCCGUCAUUGAUAUGGGCAAUAGUUGCAGAGCAAUGUCGCUUAAUGAGUGUACAAUUCCGAGCACCAUGAUGAGCUAUAGCAAUAAACUUUGACAAAAACUCGUGCGAGGCUCUCGAGUUUUUCGUAUUAUGAUCUUAAGUAUGAGAGCACAUCUCAUCAUUGUGCCAUUUUUACUCGUCACAAAGGCUUGUUAGUAUUUACGUCCCUCGCGAGGCUUGAAUUAAGAUUUUAAUUUCGAUGCCAAAUUAUAAUCGACGUAUAUGAAAUUAAAUUUAUUCAAUGUGAAUAUAUAUUUUUCCUGAAAAUUUGACGUGAAAUGCAACAUAUGUUCAUUUCUUAGCCGAUUGCUUUGCGCAAUUUAUUUUAUACAUACUAUUUGACCCCUGCUGUACAUUAAAGUUAGUAUAACUGGAACCGAGAGCUAUUUUGUAGAUUUUGGUUUAGAAAUUUGUAUACAGGCGAUAAAAUGUUAUCUUAGAUUUUCUAUGGUAGACAAACUAGUACUCGUAGUAACGCUGUAAUAUGUGAUAAGAGUGGCUGUAAGAACUUCACUUUUGUUUAUGUCAUAUCCUUUUUGUACGAGUAAUUAUAUAUAUCAAUUCAUCAAAAAAAUAUCAAUAAUGUUUUGUAUUUGGUUUUCUCUUCAAAUAAUAUCAUUUAGACAGGAAUGCUGGAAUAGUAAGGUAUCAUAUAGGUACAAACACACGCUUAUAAUGCAUUUUACGUCCCGUUGUCAUUUUAAAAGCAUUUGCCUAAUCGAUUUUAAUGUUAAAUGUAUUUUAGUGUCUAUGAUAUAUAGGAAUAUAUAAUCUUCUAUCUUCCAUGAAAUUUAAUAUUAUGUCUUUCAGUUAACUAACCAAAGCUCGAAUCGCCUGGGUACUACUAUACUUACUUCCAUUAAAAUGUAACCAGUAUAAAUUAUAAUGUACUUAAUCUGUGAAAACAAUAAAACGUGUAUUUUAAAUCAAAUGAAAAAGAAACUUAUUGACUAUAAGCAACUGAGUUGCUGACCAUAUUGACCUCAUAAAUUAAAAUGUCAUGUUAUUGUAUUUAAUUAUAAAUUAAAAUGUAUUACCCAAAAGCUAGUUACUACGAUCAAGGACUAAUGCUACACAUACCUUCCAUUGGAUGUAAACGAUUUGUCGUAUUUGUAUAAUAAAAUAUUAAUAUUAAUAGUAAUCACCUGAGCUUCGGAGCUCACUUCGGUGGACGAUCGGUAUAAUUUGAGCUCUGGUAAGUCGCGACCCAGUGAAAUUCAAAGCAAAACAUCCUAUAUUGAUACCUAGUGUUAACGUAUUGUAACGUCAUGCAUACGCAUACAAUUGGUGUACUUAUGGCUACUUACGUCUGUUCAUUACGUUAUAUUAUAUUCUGCUCCUAUUACAUAGUUAUAAAUCAAAGCCCACUAGAUUUAGUAAAGAAUAUAUAAUAUUAUUAAUUUAAAAAUCAAAAUUGUUUCAAUAAAUAAUUUUAAUUUUAA